AUGGCCAUUAAUUUUGAUAUAACAAGUGUUAUAAUACAUAACUAUGCAAUGAUAAUAUCAAAGUACUUCACCACUGUAUCAAGCAAAAAGUCAAGGAUCAAGACCACCAAGAAGUACCCUCAGUGUGCCAUAUUUGCCGUAUUUGACCAUAUAUGACAGACUCAGGAGUUCAAAGAAGCCCUCAACAUGAUCAGUCUGAACAGUGAUGGUUGCAUCAAUAAGGAAGAUUUGUAUGAUAUGCUUGCUUCUCCAGGGAAGAAUCCAACUGAUGCAUGCCUUAAUGCUAUGAUGAAUGAGGCUGCAGGUCCUAUAAAUUUUACCAUGUUUCUUACUAUGUUUUGUGGGAAGUUAAAUGGCACAGACUCAGCAGAUGCCAUCAGAAAUGCUUUUGCUUGUUUUGAUGAAGAAGCAACAGGCACCACCAGGGAGGAUUACCUGAGAGAGCUGCUGACAACCGUGAGGGAUUGGUUUACAGAUGAGGAGGGGGAUGCGUUUUACAGAGAGGCACCUAUCAACAAAAAGGGGAACUUCAACUACAUUGUGCUCACAUGCAUGCUAAAACAUGGAGCAAAGGGCAAGAAUGACAAAAGAUCUUCAGCUAAAACCUUCCGAUUAGUUUGA